AAUCACUCGAUAAUCAUUACUCGUCGUAGAAACUCUAAAGGGAAUGAAUUUGUUUGUUAUAAUUAGCGCUUUGGUAAUUCCAGUGUUCAGUGCACCUCAAGGUUAUGAAUACAAAAAACCGGUACCUGUAAUUGAGAGUUUUCCAUCGAUCGGAUCGCCAAAAGUUCCGACGUGUAAACAUGCAACACAAACAAUUGAGGAUACGCAAUUGUCCUUGAUACAGUCGCAAUCGCAAGGUAGAAUUGUCAACCAUAAAACCGGCGUAAAUCACAAUCUUGAGCCUGCUGCCAGCGUGUAUAGUCCACAGUUGCAUAAUGGGGAGAGUGUAUCAACACAAUUUCUCCCCAGUAUUAAUGUACCUCCAAAUCAGUUUUUUAGUGGAUAUUCGCACAAUCAAGGGAAUGUGGCAGCGAAUGCGCAAAUUAAUAAUUAUACACCAAUAGCUCCUGGGCCUGUACAUGCAUUCAGCACCGGAAAUACAGGAUAUAAACAUGAUGGCACAUAUGCAAAUUCUUUUGCUCAUACUAGCAACUUGGCAGCAACAACCUCUACACACCAUAACAUACAACAAAUUCCUAAUGUCGGAGUUAACAUUGCUAACUCUGUAGUGACAUCUGGAGGUUCCUUCAUAAACCCUCAUCAAUCAGACAACAGCAUUAAGCAAACAACGAAUACAAACUUAGACUUUAAUGUUGGUGUCCUAAAUGGUCAACUAGGACAAGUGAUACGUGAGACUUUUGAUAAUGCUCCGUUAGAUCCAUCUAUUGAAAAACAUAUUUAUGUACAUGUCCCACCAGAAGAUCUGGAAGAGGAUAACCAACCAAAAUUUGUUAACCAGCAGCAAGUGUUCAGCCCACCUAAGAAGCAUUAUAAAAUAAUUUUCAUUAAAGCCCCAUCUUAUCCAACCCCCAAUUACAGUCAAUUGGCAGCUGCAGUUGCUCCACAAACAGAGGAAAAGACUUUAGUUUAUGUAUUAGUGAAAAAACCCGAGCUUCCUUCUUUAGAACAAAUUCAGCAGUCCACAUACAAGUCUAGCAAGCCAGAAGUAUACUUUAUCAAAUACAAAACUCGCAAAGAUGGUGACGACAAUAAAUCAAUAGAUAAAAAACCAAUAGACACACAUUCUACAGAAAAUGGAAAUGGACUAAUUGAUAUAAGGUCUGGAGGAGUAAGUAAUGCAGUAAGUACAUCUACCUUAUAUAGUUCAUCACAUAACGAACCAAAGCAUGAACUGUACGGAGUACCGCUGCAGUAGUUUUUUAUUUAAUAUAUUUAACUACUUUUAUUAUAGUCUCAACCAUAUUUUUAAAUACUGGUUUGACAAAAUUAUUAGCUUUUUAGGAAAUAAUUGUCUGAAAGCCAUCAAACAUGUAACCUUAUUAUAAGUAACUUAUUGAAAACACUACCUAUUGUACAUACAUAUGUAUGUAUACUUAUAUGUAGUUGAUACUCGAUUUCCCAUUCAUCUUAUUUAUUUAUAUUUGUAUUUAUUAUUCAUUUCAUACCAUUAUUUUACUAUCGUGUAACUAAAAAAAUAAAGGAAACAGAAAAUACCUAAUAAAUAAA